ACUGGAAAUAAAAAGAAACCAUGAACAAGUUAUGGCAAUUAAAGAAGAGUUGAGGGAAGCAAAAAUACAAUUAGAAACUAAGGUUCAGCAUCUGUCAGAAAAGCUCUUCUACUUAGAGCUUUUGAAGAAACGUGAAGACAGCAUUGAAAAACAGAAAGUGGAACUUGUGAAUCAAAAGAGUAUUCUUCUGAACAUCCUUACUGAUACAAAGAGAAAAAUGACUGAAGAAGAGAGGAAUUUUAUGACGGAAAUAACAGAGUUUAACAAUGAGUAUGGAUUAACAAGUAACAGAGACAUCUUGAUUAAAAAAAAGGUCAAGACUGAAAUACAUGAUUUGGAAAACGAAGAAAAUAUUUUGAAAGAUGAAAUGGAGUCAGUGGAACAUAAAAAUGUUCAGUUAAAUGCACUCCAGCUGCAGAAGAAUGAAUUAAAGCAGGAUUUAUUUACUCUUCAAAGCAAACUCAAAGAUGUUGAAGAACAAGUCAGAGAAGCUGAAGGUAUCACACGAUGUUUAGAAGCAGAAAGAAUCAAAGUUGGUGAAAAACCUCAGACUGAUACUGAGUGUUUAAGGCUUAAGAAAGAAUUAGAAAUGUACAAAGACGAUGACUUGGAAAAUGUUUGUGAAGCUCUUCGAACAGAAAUUGAGCUUCUCCAGAUGAAAUUAUCACAAAAAAACUCUUCAGGCAAAUAAAUUGGAUGUUGCAAGACUGACUGGAAUAUCACCAAAACCGGCCUCUGCAAUACUUUAUUUGAAGUUUGCUAAGCAUCUGUUGUUCUGCUAUCAGUUAGACUAUUUCUUGAUGUUAAAGUAAGGGUUUUGUUCCUUGCUUCUUUUCCUGAUCAUUAAAGCUUGCUGUUUUCAAAAAUAAUAAUUUGGGGCUUGGCAGUGAUCCCACUCAUA